GUGCACCCAAGGUCGAUAAUAACCCAAGAACUGACAGAGGUCGAGUUACUCGGUGCGGUAGUGAGAUGGCACUAGACUUUUUCAAGGUGCAAGAUCAUGCUGCCCGGUAUCGCAAGUACAGGCUUUCUUCACCCAAUGAGGUUCAGGGGCUCAUCGUCAGCUAUCUGCAGAGAAAGAAGGGGGAGCCAUUCAGCCUCGCAGUGGAUAUUGGAUGUGGCUCGGGUCAGAGCACCAGGGGAAUGGCUCCUUACUUUGAAAAAGUGAUUGGGAUUGAUGUGAGUGAAGCUCAGAUUGAAGAAGCCAAGAAGGUGGAUGGACCUGACAAUGUCUCUUACAGAUGGGGCUUUGCGGAGGAACUGGAGUUCGAGGAUGGUUCCAUUGACCUGGUAACAGCGGGAGCAGCGGCGCAUUGGUUUGACAUGGAGAAGUUUAUGAAGGAGGUUGAAAGAAUUCUAAAACCUAAAGGCUGUGUGGCUCUGUAUUGUUAUGAAGUUCCCUGUUUGUUAAAUUAUGAUAACUGCACUGAGCACCCAGCCCAGAUUGUACAAGAUCUGUUCACAAUACUAAAGCCCUAUGAAACUAAAGUCAAUAAAAUCGUAUGGGAUGAAUACAAGCAAGUAUUUGAUGCUAUCACUUUCCCUGACAAAGAGAGAGCUGAAGAUAUUUAUAUUAAGUUGAAGAAACCUGUCUCAUGGUUCAUUAGCUAUCUGAGAUCCUCGGUUUUAUAUCAAACCUACCUGAAGAACGAUCCGGAAAACGCUAAAGCAUCAUUGGAAAAAACUGAACAAAGGCUUCUCAACACCAUGGGGGUGUCCAGUGAGACUGUCGUGGAAUUCGGUGUCAAAUAUUUUUGCCUCUUGGCGAGCAAACCUGAGUGAUGUCCGCAGGCCUUCUCCCAGAGCCUUUCCUGGCCAAACUACACAGACUAACUUCAAUCGAUAGACCCUCUGAAUCUCCCAGGACAGGAGUUCAAUCAGAAAUGGGAUCCAAUUUUUAAACACAAUAAAUAGGUGGAUUGCUUGAACCGGGGAGAUGGAUUUAAAAAUCCAUUCGGUGUGGUUACUCAUCAUCAGCUUUUAUUGAAUAAAGGGCACACUUCCCUUUUAAACAG